AUGUCCUUCUCGCGACCCCUUUCCGUCGCCUCGUCGGAUGCUACCAUUACUGGCUCCGAGCUUGAUUCCACUGAUGAACGUUUGUCAAUCGGUGACGAUUCCGUCGACAUUUGCUCGCCAGUUGACUAUGAUUCAGUCGACAAGCGUUCUCCGGCUUCAACAGCCGAUUACUCCAAUUUCAGCCCAGCGUUUACUCGCGACAACUUCUCACUCGAAGAAAUCCACGACUUUAGGCUACUGAUUACCGACGAACUAAUCCGAUUCGCCAGAAGCGCCAGCGCCGCCAACGAAACAGAUCGAAAUCAACGACUGAGGUUGUACAGCCGUGUUGAAGACCUGUUUUCGACCCUCCAUAUGCAUCAACUGGGACCGCCUGUGGAACUUCGAAGGGCCCUCAUCCAGGCUAAAGGAAAGGAAGAAAAGAAGAGAGAUAAAGAAGAGAUGGUUGUCUUCCACAAGGAAGUUGGUAAGUUGUAA